UGCUGUUGCCGGCGAGCGAGCGGCGCGGCGGAGGGCAGCGGAGGCCGAGGGUGAGGGCGGUGGCGGCGGCGCCUGUAGCUCACCCAGAAGCUGCAGCGAGGCUACCCGUGGCGGGCACAGGGGGACACCGGCAGCGAGCGUUAGGCGGCGGCGGCGGCAGGAGCUCGGUAGCGGCUCAGGCGGCGAGGAUGCUGCCGAGGAGGCUGUGCUUGGUGCCGCUCCUGCUGGCGCUGGGCGUGGGGAGCAGCAGCGGCAGUGGCGACGGCGGGGACAGCCGGCGGCGCCGCCUCCUCGCGGCGAAAGUCAAUAAACACAAGCCAUGGAUUGAGACAUCGUAUCAUGGAGUCAUUACAGAGAACAACGACACAGUCAUCUUGGAUCCUCCACUGGUAGCCCUGGAUAAAGAUGCCCCAGUGCCUUUUGCAGGGGAAAUCUGUGCAUUCAAGAUCCACGGGCAGGAGCUGCCCUUUGAGGCUGUGGUGCUCAAUAAGACAUCUGGAGAAGGCCGGCUCCGUGCCAAGAGUCCCAUCGACUGUGAGCUACAGAAGGAGUACACAUUCAUCAUCCAGGCCUAUGACUGUGGUGUGGGGCCCCGGGAGGCAGCCUGGAAGAAGUCACACAAGGCUGUGGUCCACAUCCAGGUGAAGGAUGUCAAUGAGUUUGCUCCCACCUUCAAAGAGCCAGCCUACAAGGCCAUUGUCACGGAGGGCAAGAUCUACGACAGCAUCCUGCAGGUGGAAGCCAUCGAUGAAGACUGCUCCCCCCAGUACAGCCAGAUCUGCAACUAUGAAAUUGUCACAACAGAUGUGCCUUUUGCCAUUGACAGAAACGGCAACAUCAGGAACACUGAGAAGCUAAGCUUUGACAAACAACGUCAGUAUGAGAUCCUGGUAACCGCUUAUGACUGUGGACAGAAACCUGCUGCUCAGGACACCCUGGUACAAGUGGACGUGAAGCCAGUGUGCAAGCCUGGCUGGCAAGACUGGACCAAACGGAUUGAGUACCAGCCUGGCUCGGGGAGUGUGCCCUUGUUCCCCAGCAUCCACCUGGAGACGUGCGAUGGCGCCGUGUCUUCUCUCCAGGUCACCGCCGAACUGCAGACUAAUUACAUCGGCAAGGGCUGCGACCGGGAGACCUACUCCGAGAAAUCCCUUCAGAAAUUAUGCGGAGCAUCCUCAGGCAUCAUCGACCUUUUGCCAUCCCCCAGCGCGGCUACCAACUGGACUGCGGGACUGCUGGUGGACAGCAGUGAGAUGAUCUUCAAGUUUGAUGGCAGGCAGGGUGCCAAGAUCCCCGAUGGGAUUGUGCCCAAGAACCUGACAGACCAGUUCACCAUCACUAUGUGGAUGAAACAUGGCCCCAGCCCUGGCGUGAGAGCCGAGAAGGAAACCAUCCUCUGUAACUCGGAUAAAACUGAGAUGAACCGGCAUCACUACGCCCUGUAUGUGCACAACUGCCGCCUCGUCUUCCUCCUGCGGAAAGACUUCGACCAGGCAGAUACCUUCCGCCCUGCAGAGUUUCACUGGAAGCUGGACCAGAUUUGUGACAAAGAGUGGCAUUACUAUGUCAUCAAUGUGGAGUUUCCUGUGGUCACCCUAUACAUGGAUGGAGCAACAUAUGAACCAUACCUGGUGACCAAUGACUGGCCCAUUCAUCCAUCUCAUAUAGCCAUGCAACUUACUGUCGGCGCCUGUUGGCAAGGAGGCGAAGUAGCCAAACCACGGUUUGCACAGUUUUUCCAUGGCAGCCUCGCCAGCCUCACGAUCCGCCCUGGAAAAAUGGAAAGCCAGAAGGUGAUUUCUUGUCUGCAAGCCUGCAAAGAAGGGCUGGAUAUUAAUUCCUUGGAAAGCCUCGGGCAAGGAAUAAAGUAUCACUUCAACCCUUCACAGUCCGUCCUCGUGAUGGAAGGUGAUGACAUUGGGAACAUCAACCGAGCCCUCCAGAAGGUGUCCUACAUCAACUCCAGGCAGUUCCCAACAGCAGGGGUCCGGCGCCUCAGACUCUCUUCCAAAGUCCAGUGCUUUGGGGAAGAUGUGUGCAUCAGCAUCCCAGAUGUGGACGCCUACAUCAUGGUCCUGCAGGCCAUCGAGCCCCAGAUCACCCUCCAGGGAACAGAGCGCUUCUGGAGACCGGCUGCCCAGUUUGAAAGUGCCAGAGGAGUGACUCUAUUCCCUGACAUCAAGAUUGUGAGCAGCUUUGCCAAAACGGAAGCCUCUGGGGACACGAGAGCCACAGGCACAGCCCCCAAAUCGUCAGUCUUGGAAGAAAUGCUACACAACUUGGAUUUCUGUGACAUUUUGGUACUUGGAGGGGACCUGGAUCCGAGACAUGAGUGCUUGGAGCUCAACCACAGUGAGCUUCACCAACGACACCUAGAUGCCACGAACUCUACGGCAGGCUACUCCAUCUAUGGUGUAGGGUCCAUGAGCCGCUACGAGCAAGUGCUGCACCAUCUCCGUUACCGCAACUGGCAUCCGACUUCCCUUGAGACCCGGAGGUUCCGGAUCAAGUGUUCAGAACUCAAUGGGCGUUACACUAGCAAUGAGUUCAACCUGGAGGUCAGUGUCCUCCAUGAAGUCAGAGUCUCUGAUAAGGAGCACGUCAACCACCUUGUUGUGCAGCCACCCUUCCUCCAGUCUGUCCAUCACCCUGAGUCCCGGACUAGUAUCCAACGCAGCUCAGUGGUCCCGAGCAUCGCCACAGUGGUCAUCAUUAUCUCCGUGUGCAUGCUGGUGUUCGUUGUGGCCAUGGGUGUCUACCGAGUCCGAAUUGCCCACCAGCAUUUUCUCCAAGAGACCGAGGCCGCCAAAGAGGCUGAGAUGGAUUGGGAUGACUCGGCCCUGACGAUCACAGUCAACCCUAUGGAGAAACACGAAGGACCAGGGCGUGGGGAAGAUGAGACUGAAGGAGAGGAAGAAGAGGAAGCAGAGGAAGGCGUGAGCUCCAGCAGCAGCGGCUCUGACGACAGUGAAGAGGAAGAGGAGGAAGGCACGGGCAGAGGCAGACAUGGGCAGAGCGGCACGAGGCAAGCCCAGCUAGAGUGGGAUGAUUCCACUCUCCCCUACUAGCUCCCGCAGCUCUGCUGACCACCCUGUGUGCCCCUUUUGUAAAGCCCAACCCAAUGUAUACCCAAGCCUGUCACACUCACCUCUGAUUUCUAUGACAGGUCUGGGAAGGCCAUCGGCUUCCCCGAAUCUGCCCUCUGUGGUUUGGGUACUGCCGGUGUUCCCAGCCGUAGGGCAGUUCCAAGAGCCCAGUGUCACCAUCAGUGAGGACUUCAGGAUGGUUCCAUUGUCCUGUAGCCCUCACUGCCCUGGGCUCACCCAGAAUCCUGUCACUCACCCAGUCUACAGAGUUCUGAACACGUUCUUUUCUGCAGGGGAGAAGUCCACCUUUGUCACUUACCACCCCGAAGUUAGUGUUCUCAGACUCCUUGGGUUGUUACUCACUGUGUAUGUACUUAACUAAACAGCCUUUCUCCACCUACACCAGCAGGUCCUCCCUAGGUUUGGUCUCCAGGUUGCUUUUUACAGGGAGGGCAAUGGAAUCUCAUAAACCUAAGGUCUUAGAGCUGAAGAACUGAAAAGAAAGCCUUUGUUGAAGCAGAAUUGAGUUUCCAGGGAAGGGUUCAUAGGAUACCUGUACAUAUACAAACACCACACACAAACACACACUUACACAUACAUACACACACACACACACAAAGUUCCUAGCUUUGAGAGCCUUUUCUUUUUACUUCUUUCUAAGACUACAUAAACUAGUAUAAAAAGUUCAAAACCAAAAGUCAGUUGGUCUUUGACCAUAAGUAGUGUGGAUCCUCAUCAAAGGGCUUACUGACCAGCGUUCGGACCUGCCUGGGGAUGCCUGGGUAAGUGGGGCGGCCCUGUCGGGGGCUAUCACCACACAGAACCUCGGGACCCAGGAAGCAUGUCACAAGGCACUGCUCGGGUGACAGCUUAAGUUUGGCUGUUGCCAGGAGCCCGAGAAAGGACUAAUGGGGUGACUCAGCAAGGUUCAUAGUGGCUGGAAAUCUGCUUUGACAGGGGGUUGGUAUGGUUGGACUCCCCUAGAUAAGGGCAGCCUUAAGGUUGACAAGGCUGCCACCACCUAGCCUGUGGUCCUUUAUCUCCUAGGUGACUGUUUUCUCUCGAGGAAAUAACAUCAUUUUCAGAUGUAGUGGAACAAAUAUGUGCUCUCGCAGUCUGCGAUGGAAGUUGGAAAAUUUAACUGCUAGGAAUUCAAAGCGUAUUCAUGAUAAUAGCAGCUGCCUCUUUCUUUUUCUCAUAAAAGGAGGGACGCUUUGAAUAGGGGGCAAAUAUAUCAAAACCCUAAUUUCUUGUUUCUUUUUCUUAUUUUAAUAAGGAAGACUUUUCCAUCCCCAUUCUAACAUGGGCACUUCGUGAGGAGAAUUGUUGCUAUAGUAACUAGUGGACAAUCUUUUGUGGCCAAGAGAAUAGCAGGCAAGAAUGAAGGCUGUGGCAAGGGCCCCACAAGGCUUUGAAAACAUGUUUGCUCCAAACACCUUGAGCUCCCCUUGUUCUCAGUCUGUUUAGGCCAUCCUCCUCAUCCCACUCUUCCCCAGGCCCAUCCCAAAUUGACUCGGUCCCCGUCCACCGUCAGUUUCUCGUCACAUAACUUUGGGGUUCAACUAACUAUUCCCCCAUACCAUUCAACAGAACAUUCGGAGAGUGGCUGUGACUGAUGUCGUCCAGUCCUCUGCUCAGCCCUCUGGGCAGUGAGGAUCCAUGCCAGGUCUCCGCCCCCUUCCAGCUGGAGAGAUCUACCGCAUGCUAUAGCUCCGUCUCCUGGGGCGUUUCACGCACACCUUCCCUUUCUUGAGCCUCCAAGUAACUUUGGGAAAUAUUUGAGAAAUCUGCUAGCGGGUAUGUUUCUGGGCUGAGUAAACUGAGGCUCAGAGUCAGUGUCCUGCUCAGAGUCUGUUCAGAGGUAUAGGCUGUCCUCUGCUCACAGUCCAUGGUUCUACUUAUGUCUGUAUUAACACACGUUCCUGGGUACCCACUAUGCGCUAAGUACUCUCCAGUGGGGAGGGCAUGAAGCUGAAGGAGACAGGCCUUUCCCCAUAGAGGACCUGAGAGUUAACAGAAGACACACAAACAAGUCUGGGAAUUACACAGGAGAAAGGAGAAGGAAGUGACAGAAAAUGCAGGUUGAACAGGGACACAUUUACCAACUCAAUCGGUGCCCUAAUUUUUCUUUCUUGGAAGAAACUUGAGAUUUUAUAUUCAUUGCUGGGAAAUAGACACAUCUCUCGUGAAUUACCCCCAAUCAAAUGCCCCUUUUCUGUUAAGCACUUUCUGCACAUUUACAAGGGGAAAAAUCUACAGGACCAGUUAGGGCUUCACAAUCCCAUUAUUUAAAUAAAAAGACAUUCUUCAGUCAGGCAUAUUAGGAGCUACUGAAUUCUCCCAAAAUUAUGGCAGUAAAGGGAACACUUUGUAUGUUUAAAACCAAUCCUUUUUGAAUGAGAUUUUGAUUGCAAAUAUUUAAGUCUAGGGUUUAUGAGAGUGCUUUGUUCUGCUCUGACUUUCCAGUUCCGAUUGGGUGGAAAGCUGUUCUCGUGCCCCCGGGCUACCUCUUGUGGCUGCCUUACUCAUUCAUGGUUAGGUGAACUGCUUGGAGUAUUAGAAGACCUUUAUGUUUUGUAUGAUGUGGAGGAGGGGAAAGCAGAUGGAGGUUAGGAAGCAUUAGGAUAAACCAGCAAAGAUGUGUCAUUGCAGGGGGCAUUUGGUGGCUGGACUUAUUUGCAGGGAAAUGGUGAUAACAAGAAACGAAAGCCUUUCCCUCCUCUGGCAGUGCACAAGGUCAUUCUCUAUGCCAACUCCAAAGCUGAGGCAUCUAAAUGAUGCUACUGGGACCAGAGGCAUUUAUCCUGUUCCCAACACUCACUUGUUACCUUGGGUAAGAUCGAGGAGGGGUUGUAGUCAUAAAAUAACCAGCUUCAGCAGGCAUCCAGGUAAGUGGUAGGUAACGGCAUAUGCUUCCCACCAGAUACUCUGGCCAAAAGUGUAAGAUGUUAAUCACAUUGGCAUUUCUCAGGCUCUGUAGGGUGGUUUUUUGAAACCCGAACUCCCAGAUGAUUUGGACACUCUGUGACUUCUCAGGGACAGAUGAGCAGUCAAGGAGAGGCAAACUCAGUCCCAGGAGAAGCAGCUGAUUGGUUUGGCCACAGACCAGUCCAUUGCUUAGCUGGCCAAAUGGACAACCUGAGUCUGCUGUUCAGAGCUUGGAAAUAGGUUGAGCCUGAAAACAGGUAGACUGCCAUACGCAGGCAACCUAAAAGACAGAGAGGGUGAGAAAAAGGAGGAUGAGGUCAGAAGAGACCAGCACUGAGUGGGUUGACCCACUGGAGAAAAGCCAUUAAGCCCAUUGAAGAAGUCUCUCCAGGAAAGCUGACUGUAUUCUAACAGAUUUAAACAAAUACUAUUAGUCUGGCCAAGGCUCUGAGUUACACAGAUGCAAAAUCUGUGAUUUCUGUAAGAACUUUCUUCAAUUAGCCAUCCGUCCGCCAUGCUUAGUUUAGACCAUGGGUUCUCAGGUUAUCCAGGGAGUCUUCCAGGGACCCUGAGUCUCUACGAAGGCGACCUCUGCUAGUGCCCCCUUCCUGUGCAUCAGAGAUCAACAGCUUAUGUCUGGAAAGAUCCAGAAAGGAGAGACUUAGGGCAGUAAACAUUUGUUCUCUCUGUUGCUCCUGUUGAGUCCCACCUUAUGGCAUGAAAGCAGUCACAGACAAUACAAACAAAGGGACUUUCCAAUUCAUUUCUCCAUCAGCUUCCCUGGAAAAUUGAUUUAUGACAUUGGAAAAAAAAGAGGAAAUUUGAACUCCUUGAAUUCAAUUCAUGUCAUAAAGCUUUUACUCUCUAUAUUUCUCAUUUCCCACACAAAACUUAGCCUGCAAGACAUUGAGAAAACUAGCCACCAGGUAAAUCCAUGUGAGUACCCACAAUCCACAGGAAGUAGCCCUCCAUUUCCCAGGAGAAAAACUAUACCAGCGUGCCUCUAUCAGCUCCCUAGUGGUCGGUGCCUUGAAUUGAACAGCUGGAAAACACUAGGCUCUUCCUGAAAACUCCCUUAGAAGUUCACGGAAUAUUGGAGAAAAUGGAAAAAAUAAAUAAAUAAGCGAACCAACAGAAAUCCCACUUGUUAUUUUUGAACUGAUCAAAUCAGACAAAUAUCCCCAAGGGCCAGAUGCCUUGGACCCAGGGAACUGGCUAAUCACUGAGCACUGACUAUCUCCUCUGCUGAAGCAGGAGCUAACUCCCCAGGCUCGGCACCUUCCCAGCAGGGCUCAGUCCAUAAUGAUUUCCAAGCAGAAGUGUUCAUUAUCUGGGACUGAUUUUCAUUUCAGCCCUGUUCAUGUCUUCGCUCUAAAAAUGAUCCUAAAGACUUGUGGCUGUUUGAAUCAAUAGCAACACAAUCAGCAGAAAGCCCUACCCGGUACACUUCAAAAUUAACCGUCUUCUUGCCUCCGUGACUCGAUAUUAGCAGCAAAGGAAGGAGUGCCUUUUCUUAAUCAUCUCCCCACAUUGAAAUUAAUCAGAUUGGCUUUUCAAAAUAAAUAAAUAAAUAUAAAUAAAAAAAUGGGAGGGAACAAAUCUAAUUCUUUAGAAGAAUUUGCCAGUGAAUUGUAGAUGAUGUUCACAUAAUAUGUAGCCUCUGGGGGUUCCCAGACUCUCCUGCAAUGUGCUCAGGCAGUUGCGAUGGUGCAGGCGUCUCGAUCUGGGCCAGACAUUUAUCGAGGCUGACAAGCCAAAGCCCUUGGCACGGUUUAAUUUUCAUGUAACCGCUUUCCAUUGUCCAGCUGCAGGGAGAGGAAAUGAGCGAUGCCAGCUUAGAAGUCAACUCCAGCACCCUCGUUUGACUGUCUUUAUUUGUUCUGCGUUAGCUUCCUUCCGACACUGGCAGAAAGGGAGAGUGGGUUUUAGAGGAGCUAGGGCGUAGGAGCCAAGCUUGACUUUGUCCCAUGGUAACAAAGGACACAGAAAGGACUUCCACAAGCAUCCCAGAGAACAGUCAGAUGGCUGCUGUGUCAGUCCGUUAGCCGAUGGGAGUCUCUGUGGUUGUGUUCAACCAAUUCAGCAAGUCCUCUCUGAGCACCCGUGAGGGCUAGACUCAAAGAUGGGGCAUGGGGAAGAGAGAUUGAAUGAAACAGAGACUUGCUCGUGAGGAUCCCCGGUCUUGUAUGCCAGAGGCGUCCACAAGCGGUUAGGACGGUCAGGGGUAGAAUAUAAUUGCUUUGCAGUCACCUGCUUGAAGUUAGAUGGCAGGAAAGAUCCUAGGGGUGCUGAAGGGCCUCCAUGAAAAGACAGAGAAGAUCUUUAGGGAAGUGAGCACUGUGCUCUGCAAUGCUCUUUCAUUAUCAGGGUUUAGAUCACUUAUAGAAGAAAGCCUUUCCCUCCAUGCCCAAAUAAUAUGACUGAUGGCUGAGAUUUGGUAAAACUAAGACAGAGGACGUCCUUACAUAGGAGCCGCAGCCAGGCAGAUCGGACAGGUUAUGAACCGUUGCUGUGGAGGAAGAGACCAGCGUCUGCUAGCAUUGGGAGGGGCUGCUAACAAUCCGGAGAAAAUAACCAGCUCCUAAGAGGGUCCGAGAGGAAAACAGAGCAGGGCCCCGGUUCACACCCCUGGAGCAAUAAUUUCAAAAAACCAAGUCCCAAUUCCAAUUUCUCUCCUCUGCCUGGGUGUGAGGUGAUCACUGCCCACAUGGCCCUUCUACAGUAAGGGGGGGACACUGCCUAGAAGGGUUGUACUAAAGUCACCCAGCCCCAGGGAGGCCACCUACCCAGCUUGCCCAGUUCCUGGCCUAUAAAGCCUGUUCUGUGUGGAAGCAGAGAGACUGCAGGGAGGAGCCCAGGCCACUAGGAGGCCACUUAGCUCUCAGAGUACAUCCCGGAGAACAGGGUCCUUCAAGGACACUCCCAGCUUGGUACAGCACUACUCAUUGGUAAUGAGACUGGGGAACGCAGUCACAAAGCAAACACUAAAUUGGAUGGGGAAUGGAUUGCUUCUCUUGGCAGGACAGUAAGCUAUGUUACUAAAAAUAGAAAAAACCUAACAGUCAAACCAGCAGCUUUACCUACAGUGGGAAUCUCAUUCCUGUAGUCUAGGUAAGCACCAGGCCCAAACCAUUGCCCUUUGCUUGAAUGACCAGAUACCUGGGCCUGAUUUCCAGUAUAAGAUCUAUGGUACAAGCACCAUAAACCCUCAGCUGGAAUUCCUUACUGUUUUACCAGUUACUGUGCCUGUGACCUAAGUCUACAUAUUGGAAUCUCAGGGUCAAGGUCAGAGGUGAGGGCACAUAAGCCAAGAGACCCCGUCCUGCUCAGAAACGUCCCUCCUCACAGAUGCUUCCGUGAGCCCCCUAAGGACUCCAAAGGGAACCUGACACUACAUAUCUUUAAAAAGUUAGAAUCUACCUUUUUCAUUAAGUAGAAGAAAUGGGAGCAGAGGAAAAAACAAAUGUAGGACAUGCCUGUUAUUUACCUGUGGGAAGCAAGAGGAAACCAAGAAGAGGAAAUUUUCUUUUACAGCCUGGCCUCUCAGAGUGAAAUCCCUGCUGACAACACUUCUGUCCCGACACUGAAGGCAAUUUUGUGUUUCCCUUACACACCUGCCAUUUGCGAGGAAGGCCUCCGAAAAGGGACGGAACAGAAAAAGAUGGAGAGUAGUCCUGAAAGCAGGAUGCUCAUUGGCAGGUUUGUUCAGGCAGGGCAAGGAGACAAAUUACCCUUGGAGCAGGAGAUCAGAUCCAGCCAGGGUAUUAGGGGAGGGUGAGUAAUAGAAUAUCACCCAUGGAGAGACCACCCAGGAAGGAGACACAUGAUGCAGUCAACAAGCAGAAUAUAUGAACCGGUAGUUCUGAGCUAGUGACAUGGGAAACCUGAGGUAGCACCACCCCCAGCAGUCACAGUCUACCUUCCCAGAAUACCCGAGAAAACAAGACCUUUGGAAUCAGUAUACACCCUCCCAACUUUUCCUACCUCCACUUGCCUCUUCCCUAAGGCAAGAAAAAUAACUCAAGUGUCCCAGGACCCUGGUCCUGUACUGAGGAUGUAACCGACCAAUGCUGUGCUACAUCAUGGGCUCAACAGAUAUUGAGUCAAAUAGAGUCCCAGAGAUCACCUGGCCUCAGAGUAGGAGGAUGGUUUGAAGUCAGAUCCCUGCUGGAGAAAGACUCCUCCAGCCCAGUUUCAGUGUUAUCAUUGUCGUUUGCAAAAUCAAGAGUGGGAGAAGAAGGGAAGGGGGAAGGACAGGUGACAGCUGACAGGAAGGGACUUCAUCGGACCUGUUGAAGUAUCUCCCCAAAGCCAGGAGCAAGCAUAGCUAGACCUUGAUGAGCCCCAUUUGUUCUACCCCAUGGGUCACGGAACUGAGGAAAUGGAGCCUUAAUUUGUUAAUAAGCCCAGCUCUUUGCCACUUUCCCACCCCUUUGAUCAGCUAUGCCGUGGCAGAAUUCAUCACUGUGAAGCUCAAGUCCCGAUAGUCUAAUGAGAAGAGGGCAGCAGACAGGGGAGGCUCCAGCAUGCAGGUGGUGUGUAUUAAUCCCAGGAACAAAAUCGUGUCGGCUUUAAUGUCUGUUUGCUUUUAUCUGGGAAUGAAAACGCACCUCUGUUACCUGGACUCUUUAUACUGAGCAUUUUGGGAACAGCCAUGGCAUGCAAACACGUAACUAUUGAGGGUUCUUUUCCCCAGCAGAACGAGCUGUCAGAAGAUGAAGUAAAGAGGUAGUAUCUAUCUGUAAAGGCAGAGAAUCAGCCCGCGGGUUUUAGGUUAAGACUCCAGCACUCCUGUGGGAAAGGGAUGGGGGUGGACAAGAAGGUAGCCUCUGCCCUCUGGAAGGAUUCCUUGGAUAGAGGGGAGGGCUAAAGGCAUUCAAUAGUAUCCAUGAGUCACAUAGCCUAGUAAAAUGCAUGUGUUCACCUUUGGAGGCAAAAGCGCAUCCAUUCUGGCUGUCAGGGAAUGCUGGGGUGUGGCUCUCACCACUAUGCAAUUUCCAUGAUACAAAGGAGCCCUGGAGGGAAUAUUGAUGGCACUCCCACAGGAAUACCCCUGAGGGUGGAAACAGAGCCUAAGUUUUGGGGAAAGGAAGUUAGUCAUGGCACCCAAGUGAAUUGCUUGUAAAGGAAGGAAGAGAUGUUGACCAAGAAGGCAAUGGAGAUGGAGAGGGAACACGUUGAUUAGGAGCGACAGUAGGGGGAGCAACCAAGAAGCGAGGGUACUGCUCUGUGUUUACACUUACAUUCAUGUGUCAAAGGAAUCAUGGGUAAGUGUAACCAUGUAACCACAGAGGCAGUCACUGCAAUGGUUUUACAAGUCAGAGCCCCUUGAAGUGGAUGACAGAUCAAUCUACCUACCAGGUUUCCAUAUGAUCUGCUUCCGAGAAAGAGCUGUUGGUGCUCUGAGCUGGACGGGCAUGGCUGGGGAUUGGAGCAAACUAGGUGGAGAAUAGAAAGAAGAAAGCUUAUAUAGAUGCUGGCUGUACCCAAGGAAACCUAUAGUUACUAGAGCGGAGUUUGUUAUGUUAUUGCGUGGGCAUUGUAAUGUAUGUAAGGAGGAGUCAUAAUGAUAUGAUGGGCCAUUAGUUUAAGGAAUUAGAAUAUUAAGUAUAAGAUACCAGACAUAACUAGAUGAAGGGAUACUGAUAAUAUAUAUGUAUGUACAUAUAUGCAUAUCUAUAAGGUGGAAAUGAAAUUUAUAAAGAGAGGUCAUUAGUCCCAACAAAUUUUAAUCCUCCAGAAGCCUUAGGUUAUUCUUAUUGUUAUUUGCUUUUAGCUCUCAAAACCCUGGAAAAAGCACCUGGAACACAGCAGAAGUCGUAAACAUUUGGAAGUGAAGCAUGUAGCUUGUCCCUACUUGGUGAAGACAGAUCACAAAAACCCAUAUUGACUGAGCCAUACAGAAGCAGGUUGACCACACACUUCUCCUAGCUUACAGAAGCCUUUGUGGUUUCCCAUUACUCCACACAGUACUCAGACAGCUACAGACUCUUGGUCUGGAUCUCUGGCAGUGAACAGUGACAGUGGCUUGCACACAUUUAGAACUCUCUGAAUAACACCCGCAAUGCUGUUUCUGCAGGAUAGAGUCUGCCCACCCUACCAUUGUCUCUGCCUUUCCCUAUGGACUUGAUAGGUACUAUUGAAUCUGCCGUCUUCAGUCAUGAUGUUGGGAUAAAAUAUAAAGAUUCUGGGUGCAGCCAAUCCCAGCCCCUUCUCUCCUCCCAGCCCUAGAGAUGAUGCCACCAUUUAAAAACCUUGUGUGAGAAGCCUGUUUGUUUGAGCCUGUUGAGCCUGUUCCUCAACCUCAGUGAUGGGAAAGACCUGAGACAGACAGGCUGCUUGCUCUACUGGAGCCUCUCUGGGGUCCACCCUGCAGAGAGACAGAGCACCCUCAUUUAUGGAUCCCCCCUUCCACCCACUCCUGACUGGGCAGUGGCCAUUAGGCCUGUGCAGCUGGAGUGUCUAUAGCCAGAGCCAGCUUCACCUGGGGACUGUCCAGCAUGUUCUUGGCACACAUGUUCUGAGCCACUUCAGCUGUCUCCAAGAAUGAAUCUUUUUAGUCUACAAAUGUAUUUACUUGGUUACUAUGCUACUCUGUGUGUGUGAGUCUGAUACAAUGCAAAAGCUUUGAAAUGUCUUAUUAAAAGGACUUAUGAGUUUAUAGAAAAUUGAAUCUAACUUCAGAACAGUGUGUUAUGUUGUCGGUCAAUAAGGUUGCCCAGCCACAGGGGACCCGAGGAAAACCUUACCCUCCCACUCCUUUCCUUGGUCCCUUCUCCCUGCCUAAUUGCCCUACUAGAGUCUAACUGAUGCAGAGUGAAGGAUGCUGAGAGUGUACAUGUACAUAAAGAUUUAAUAGAAAAAUAAACUCUGGGAGAAUCCGUUGAGUUUCUUCCCACGGCUGUGAUCUUAUCAUGCCCGAAUCCCAAACUCUAAAUUUCUAACAGUUUCGAUUCUUGCAGUUUCUGAGUAAUUUGUUAAAUGCCUAUUCAACACAGAACAGAUAUUUAUUUUCAGCCUUGGCUUGUAAAUGCCUACAAACUGAUUCAUGUUGCUGGUCGUUAUGACACUUCUGUGAAUUGGUGAAUAAAUAUGAUUUUAGAAUUUCAC